GUGCCACAGACAUCAAGGUCCCAGAUGAGCCCGUGGUGGCUCUUUUCGGCCAAGACGCCACCCUGCGCUGUUUCUUCUCCCCUGAGGCCAACUUCAGCCUCAACAACCUGAGCCUCAUCUGGCAGCUGACGGACACCAAGUGCUUCAUCUGGCUGGUCUUAUUGGCUGGAAGAGUCUGUCCUGGAGCUUGCCCUAUCUCAUUGGGUUGCUCCAGAUCCCGAUCCUUUGUUCUUGUCCAUUGUGUCAUGCUGGCUGUCCUCUCCCUUGCAGCUCCCUACUCCAAGACCAGUAUGAAGGAGCCCAACAAGGACUUGAAGCCAGGAGAUCUGGCAGCCGUGACUUGCCAUGCUUCCCGUGGCUACCCUGAGGCCAAUGUCCUCUGGCAGGACAGCCAGGGCAGCAACAUCACAGAAAAUGUCACUACGUCCCAGGUGGCCAAUGAGGAAGGUCUCUUUGACGUGCACAGUGUCCUCCAGGUACUGGUGGAGCCCAGCAGCACCUACUCCUGCCUGGUGCGAAACCCAGUGCUGCAGCAGGAGAUCCAAGCUUCUGUCACUAUCACCCCUCACCACCCUCCCGCAGGUGCCAUGGAGAUCACGGUCCCAGAUGAGCCUGUGGUGGCUCUUUUCGGCCGAGAUGCCACCCUGCACUGCUCCUUCUCCCCUGAAGUCAACUUCAGCCUCAACGACCUGAGCCUCAUCUGGCAGCUGACGGACACCAAGCGCUUGGUCCACAGCUUCUCUGGUGGUCAGGACCAACUGGCAGAUCAGGGUGGGGGCUACGCCAACCGUACGGCCCUUUUCUACGACCAGCUGGCUCAGGGCAACGUCUCGCUGCUCCUCCGACGUGUGGAGAUCUCAGAUGAGGGCAGCUUCACCUGCUUUGUUCGGGUCCGGGACUACAACAGUGCAGCUGUGACGUUGCAGGUGGCAGCUCCCUACUCCAAGCCCAGUAUGAACCUGGAGCCCAACAAGGACUUGAAGCCAGGAGAUCUGGCAGCCGUGACUUGCCAUGCUUCCCGUGGCUACCCUGAGGCCAAUGUCCUCUGGCAGGACAGCCAGGGCAGCAACAUCACAGAAAAUGUCACUACGUCCCAGGUGGCCAAUGAGGAAGGUCUCUUUGACGUGCACAGUGUCCUCCAGGUACUGGUGGAGCCCAGCAGCACCUACUCCUGCCUGGUGCGAAACCCAGUGCUGCAGCAGGAGACCCAAGCUUCUGUCACCAUCACAGGCCAACACCUCGCCUUCCCCGCCGUGGCUCUCUGGGUGACGGUGGGCCUCGCCAUCUGCGUCGUGGGGCUGCUUGCUGUCCUGGCGUAUGUGUGCCAGAAGAAAAUCCGCCAGAGCUGUGAGGAAGAGGAGGAAAAUGCAGGGACGGAAGAGCAGGAUGAGGAGGGGGAAGAACCCAAGACAGCUCUGCAGCUGCUGAAGAGCGCGGAGAGCAAAGACGAUAACGAGCAAGAAAUUGAUUGA